UAUCCAACACUUCUGGCUAGAGGGAAGGGAAAAAGAAUGGGUGCUAGCAUGCCAAAGCAGUAUCUUCCGCUUUUAGGCCAACCAAUUGCUCUAUAUAGUUUCUACACUUUUUCACGGAUGUCUGAGGUUAAGGAAAUUGUUGUAGUUUGCGAUCCAUCUUACCGGGACAUAUUUGAAGAUGCCAGAGAGAAGAUCAAUGUGGACUUGAAAUUUGCAUUGCCUGGUAAGGAAAGACAAGAUUCCGUAUACAGUGGACUUCAGACAAUUGAUCCGACCUCUGACCUUGUAUGCAUCCAUGAUUCUGCAAGACCUUUGGUGACAUCCAGUGAUGUAGAAAAGGUUCUGAAUGAUGGGUUGCGAGUUGGAGCAUCAAUACUUGGUGUUCCCGCUAAAGCUACUAUUAAAGAGGUAUAAAUACAUACUUAUUUGAGUGCCUGAUUGUUUCCUAGAUACUAGUAAAAUUAUAGGUGACAAGUUGAU